AUGUACGAACUGUGGUCGCCUAAACCACGUGAUCUGUGUCAUGUACCUGGACGAGACAUUCCACACAACAAUUUGAGCACAUUCUUAGAGAAUAGGGUGACAAAUUUUUUCAUCAGAAAGAAAUUAGACUCUGGAAAAGCUGUAUUUGCAUUUCAAGAGUUCAACAACCAGGAUGUAUGCUUCUUCGGUAUGCAUGUGCAAGAGUAUGGUUCAGAUGUUCCAGCUCCAAAUGCCAGUUUUGUAUCCCUACAUAUCUGGUCGUGCCCUCCAUGUGAGGGCGAUGAUUACAUCUUCAACUGCCACCCAGUCAAGCAAAAGAUCCCAAAAGCAAAAAGAUUGCAAGAAUGGUACAGGAGACUUCUUGAGAAGGCCACCAAUGAGAAUAUUGUUUCAAAUUUUACCGAUAUCUUAUCGUAUGCCGUUAGUAAUGACUUGAAGAAUGCAGCUGACAUGCCGUAUUUUGAUGGGGACUUCUGGCCAUCAUCUCUCGAAGAUAAUAUCAAGGAAAUUGAGAAGACCUCACAAGACUCGAAGACAAGAACGAAUCAAAAAACUCAAAAUAAGGGGAAGAAAGUGCUGCCCUCAACUCAUGGAGAUGUCCUCGUCGAUAAAAUUUACUCAACUCUUGGAAAAUAUCGAGAGAUGUUCUUCGUAGUCGAAUUCUUCACCCCAGAAGAAGCCAUGACCCUUCUGCCCAUCUGUGACCUUGACCCCUUGAUGCCGAAUGACCUCAUGCACGAAAGAUCCAGUUUUUUGGUUAUGUUCAGAGAGAGGCUGGCCGAGUUCUCAUCGCUGCGAAGGGCCAAACAUUCAACGUGCAUAAUGCUGCACGAGAUCAUUAACAACAACAUCAACUCCAGUACUAAUAGUACUAAUGCUCUAGCUGGCUCCGACGCCAGAGGCAGCAUCAGCACCGUUAGUAGUGGAGUACAAGGCGGUAGUGGUAGUAAUGUUGUCGGAGUUGGUGGUGGCGAUGUGGCUGCCGCUCGACGGUUUGUUUGUUCUGGUUGUGGCAGCAAGGAAGGUGACUUCUAUGGUUGCUCAGAGUGUGAGACAUGGAAGAGCUGUCCUGCUUGCCUGGCGAGCCUCCAACACAUCCAUCCAACUCACCUCAUCUCCACUACGACCGCCCUCAAGAAGAGGAAAAUAAUUGGCGCCAGUGGUGUGGAUGCCCUAGAACAUGCCUCAUUCUGUCCAGGAGGUCCGGAAGGGAUGUGCUACAAAGAAGGUAAUGAGGAGGAUGUCGCCAGAUGUCAGAAAUUUAAAUCUGCCUUCACUCAUGCACCUAGCUGUGAGAACAGGCUCGACUGUCCAUCUUGCAGGACGCUAGUUCGUUUGGCGCUGCUACACGCUAGGAAAUGUACUUUUGCCACUCCUUGCGGUUCUAAUUCUAGCAGUGUCGGUACUGCUACUGAUGGUAAUAACAACAAUAGUACCACUUCAACAAUCACUACAAUCACUACUGCUACUGAAGCGAGUGUUACUUCUGCUACUAACAAAAUUGCGAACACAGAGCAAGUUCAACCCCCUCAACAACAGCAUAUUACAGAGUGUCCAGUUAUAUUCUGCACGGUGGCCAGAUCAAAGUUGCAGCAGCUGCUGUCGAAGCAGAGAAAGAUGGGCGAGAGAAUGUUGAAGAGGAGAACGGCAGCCAUGAUGGUGAACGAGGAAAACGAUGGUUCUGCCAGUGGUGGUAGUGGUGGUGGCGCUUCAUCGUCGUCGUCGGCUGCCAGUGAGAGAGUUGAUUCCAGGCAGGACUUUCAAAGAAUGGGAUCUAUGUAGUGUGGUUGAUGUUGUUCGUUGAGUCUGAGUGUUUAUCCGAGUCCAUUGUGUUUAUCUGCUUGUUUGAUUGUUUGCCUGUAUGUGUGUGUGUGUGCGUUCGUGCGUGUGUGUGGGUGUGUAUGUCAAUCAACGCUAGCGUUUUCAGUAGAAUCAUGAUUGAGGAUGAAUGAAUGAGUGAAUAAAUGAAUAAUAUUCUCUUUUAAAUCAAACAGAUUGUUUCGUGAAUAAAAUGUCAAUUAAACAGAUCAAUAUAGUAAAAGGAAUGAUUAAGAGUUGAAGGAUGUAAUGAGGGAUUGAACGAAUGUAUGAAUAUUCAUGUUCUCAAACUUUUUCAGAAGUCAUUUUUACUAUUUACUGUUAGGUUAACAAAUGUGUGCUUUUAUAUUAUGUAAUGACCCUGGUUGUUAUAAUAAUUUUCGUUUUUUUUUACGAUCGUCGUUAUUUGUGAUGUAUAAUUGAUUUUAUCUUAUCAUUUCUUUCUUAUAAACACAAAGAAGAGAUAGAAUUAAAUUGAGAUAGAAUUAAAAUCACUUGAGGAAGAUGUUCAAUUUUAUUUCUUAUUUCCAACUUGCUGGCGUUUACUAGUGCUCUGCUCCAUUUAACUUAGGUAAUAUUUCACAUCACAUUCAUAUAUUUGUAUUGCUAACUAUUUAUAUGUAUGUGUAUAUAUAUAACGAUCAAAAUAUUAAUUAAUGUAUCUUGGUAUGCGCGUAUAUUUGUUUGUCUCUGUAUUUAUGUAUGUAUGUGUAUGUAAUGGUUUUAGUUUUGAUCAUUUUUUUCCACAGCAGUAACGUUUAACGUAUUAAGAAAUUAUCUUUAAUGUGAACAGUUUUUCUCUGAAAUGAGACUUUGAUGACUAUGAUUCAGUCUUAUAAAUUAUAAUAUUAUUACAUU